AUGUCCGUCCGUGCAAAGACCCUUGAAGAGUGGACCAACGAGUAUGCGCAAUCGCUUGAUCAAGAAUGGCCGCUGGAGCUGUGGAACAGCGCCUGGCGAGACGGAAUCAACGUCCUCCGCUUCCUCCCUGUUAUACGCAUGGGACAGCGUGCCAACAUCGAUAACAUUCCCCAGCAGUGUCUGGCAAUGCCGGGGUUCCUUGACGAGCUUAGAGCUUUCGGAACAACGGCCGUCUAUGUAAGGCAUGAUUACAUCGAGAUACUGAAGCGAAUAGUUGCUCUUGUGCAAGGCGCCAUUCACGUGCCGAAAUCCUCGAAGGCAAAGUCAGAGAAAAUGCCGGGGCCAGAGGGGGAUGAAGAGGUGGAGGAUGAGGAUGAAGAGGCGAGAGUGGAUGUUCAACAGUAUACAUCUCAUAUCCCGGAAAAUCCGUUCACAAGGAUGCAAAGCAAAUUUCAGUGUGAAAUAUCGGUAACGGGCAGUCCGGGCAAUGGAAAGAGCCUAUUUCAGCAUUUCAUAUUAGGCCUCCGUUUGAAUGCCAAGCGUCCUACAAUUGUACAAUUUCAGCAGGAUUGUAUAUACCUUUUCGCGGCCCAUGGUGUGUUUACUAUCACUGGAGCCACUCUGGAGGACUCUAGAGUGGCUACCCGUCUUGGACUCCUUGUUCCUGAUGCCUGGUGCUUGGUCGAUUCGAACCUCGACAUGAUCUUACCGACUAGAUUCGUUCGUAAUACACUCUUGACAGUAAUUCAGGCUGCUUCGGCGCGAGAGAAAAGGUUAGAUUGGCUAGGAAAGGGCUCCGCGAUUAGUUGUUCCUUUUGCAUCAGUCCGUUCACAUUCGAGGAGGCUAUCAUUGUGCGUUCCUUCCGUGUGAGCAAUUUGCUUGCUGGCGAAGAAGAGCUCAGAUCCUGGUUCGACCGUUACGCGCCAUUCGCUCGCUUGGCAUUCAACAAAGCAUUCGAUCAGACAACCUACCAGACACGUAUAGAGAAGAAGCUGAAUCGACUCACUUCCUCCAGCUUUGCAGAUGCUGCCCGCCAAGCGGAGGCUAUCCUAGCUCCUGAAACUGAUGCGAGCCCUCAUGAGCUAUUCGUCUUCUACCCAGACUCAAGUUAUCUAUUUGAUCGUGCCACCUGUCGCAUACCCACAUCUUACUUGACGUCACUGGUCAUCCGCCGCUUCGAAUCGACGGUUUCAGAGGAACGUACAAAGUUCUAUAAGGACUUCCUGGGCAUUAAGCCUCUAGCAGCUGUCGCAGGCCAUUUUUUGGAGGAUAUAGUAGUUGAUCAUUUGCCGUUGGGUGGGUUGUGGAAGCUGCGAGAAUUGGAGGCUAGAAACGCAAGAAAAAAUCAACACUGGAGCAUUGGCCCCGCCGCAUCGGCCUUGUGGCUUGUCGUCGCGGGUAGCAUGCGCAUAUAUAAUCAACGCCCCGCGUUGAUCAGCGCGCACCCACGCGAGCCUGUCCUGAAGAAAUUAUACACCGAGUUAACAGCAAGCGAUCUCAUCGACAACUGUCUUUACGUGCCCAAGUCGCCAACAGAACCAACAUACGACUUCUUCUAUUAUUGCAAGAGCAGGGCGAUAAUGUUCCAAUGCACCGUCGCGGAUGAACAUGAUGUCAAAGAUCAAGGUCUCGCAAAACUCAAAAGCAUCGGGGUAGAGACUUUCACUUACGUCGGCAUAGUCCCAUUCGAUAAACGUCCCAAUUUCCGCAUCCAUCGCGAAGUCGCCGAGCGCUACCAGUUUGAGAGUCGGUAUAUGCUCAACUUUGAAGUGCCGAAGUGA